AUGGAUGAAGGACUGCGUAGUACUUUAAGAUAUCCUUUGAUACAUGGUUUCCGGAUAGGGGAGGAAAUAGGAGGAGGGGGUUGUUCCAAAGUAUUUCGAGCAAUACACGAUGAAGAAUCAAAAGUCGCCGCUUGUAAAGUUAUCGAUCUUUAUCUUUCUCCAACAUUAGGAUAUCCACCGCCUAAUAUCAAAGAACUUCAAAAAGAAGUUCAGGUUCAUAAAUCCCUGAAGAGCCCGUAUAUCUUGGAGUUUUUGCAUAGUGAAGUGGUGGAACGGGAUAAAGAACGGGAUGGUUGGGUACCUGGAUUGUACAUGUUAUUAGAGCUGGCUGUUGGAGGAGAUUUGUUCGAUAAGAUUGCUCCGGAUGUAGGAAUACCAGAAGAUCUAGCCAAAUUUUACUUCGCACAACUCGUUUCUGGAAUUGAUUUUGUCCAUUCAAAGGGAAUAGCUCAUAGAGAUCUCAAACCGGAAAACCUACUUUUAGCGGCUAACGGUAAUCUCAAAAUAUCAGAUUUUGGUCUUUGCGCCGUUUUUCGUCAUAAAGGAAGAGAACGUUUGCUCAGCGGACGAUGUGGGAGUUUACCGUAUGUCGCUCCAGAGUUAGGAGGACCGUUGGGAGUUGGAUAUGCUGCCGAACCUGUGGACAUUUGGGGAAUGGGUGUGGUUUUGUAUACUCUGCUAGUGGGAAAUACACCUUGGGACGAACCUUCAAGUCAAAGUCCGGAAUAUAAUGCGUAUCUGACCGGGGAGCUACUCAAUUAUGACCCAUGGACGAGAAUACAUGGUCAAGCAAGGGCACUCCUACUGGCGUUACUCACUGUUGAUCCCACUCAACGGAUUAAGAUGGAAGGGAUCAAACGACAUCCUUGGAGUAUGACACCCACCCAACUUCAGCGAGAGCAAAUUGCCGAUGCUCUCACUCAAGGUAUGCGAUCGAAUGGAAUGAUGGCGAUUGUCGAUCCCACGUUCAAUAAUCAAUCAUCUCAAGCGUACAUUCAUGCACGGUCACAGCGAAUGAUGGAAUCACAAUGGACAAGUUCGCUCCGUCCACAAGAAUCGCAAUUCCUUCGCGGUACGGGUAACAUUACACAAGGUGGAGACUUUAUAAACAUCUCCACUAGAUUUUGGAUCAACCUGUCUCCUAGGGAAGCGUUCGUGGUUCUUGUCACCUUUCUCAGCAAGGAAGUAGGCAAAGAGAACCUCGUGGAAGGUUCGGAAGGUACGGCGAUACGAGUCAGGAAAAUGGCCGGACAGAAGACGGUUCAAGGGACGUUUUACAUCAGACCUAACGAUAGUCUUUCCGCCGAGGGGCAAUCAUUGGUCAUCAUGCAACGUGGCAAGGGAAGUAUAUUACAUUGGAAGGCAUUCUGGUGGUCAAUUGUCAGACAUUCCGAUCUGGCGUCAUUUGUCGUCAGAGGAGAUACAUAG